CAACUCACAAAGUUGUUGCUGUAAAAAAAAUUAAAAAAUCACGAAUCACGAAUCACGAAUCGAGGGAAUAAGAGGGAAGAAGAGAAAACGACCCAAUGUUUUUGGUUUGUUCCCCGUAAGUAACUGUGCAGGAAGAAGAUCCUUCUCACCCAAACCAAAUGCCGCAGCAGCAGCAGCAGCAGCGCGCUGUUUGGUACCAACGCAAAAUCUAACCCGCAUUCCUCUGUGUCAUCCAAACAACCCCUCCGCCUCAGAUCUCGCCUCGAGAACAUGGAUCAGUUGUCGGCGAUCAGCGAGGACCUGGCCGAGAUCGACGGACACAUCGCCGACAAUUUCCGCGCCCUAUCAAAUGGAUUUCAGAAGUUGGAGAAAAUUAAGGAUUCCAAUAGACAGAGCAGGCAGUUGGAAGACCUCACCGAGAAAUUGCGAGAAUGUAAACGGCUUAUUAAGGAGUUCGAUAAAGAAGUCAAAACAUUGGAGAAUAGCUUUGAUAGAGAAACCAACAAAAUGUUGAAUGAGAAAAAGCAGUCAAUGAUCAAAGAGUUGAACUCAUAUGUUGGUUUGAAAAAGCAGUAUGCUACAAAUAUUGAGAAUAAACGAAUUGAACUCUUUGAGGGGCCCAAUGAAGGUUACACAGAAAAAAAUGGCUUGCUAGCAUCCUCAAUGACAAAUGAACAGCUAAUGGAUCAUGGGAAUCGGAUGAUGGAUGAGACAGAUCAAGCCAUUGAAAGGGGGAAAAAGGUAGUUCAAGACACAAUAAAUGUUGGUACAGAUACUGCAGCAGCUCUUAAGGCUCAGACAGAACAAAUGAGUAGAGUUGUCAAUGAGCUGGAUUCAAUCCAUUUCUCUAUGAAGAAAGCCUCUAAAUUGGUCAAGGAAAUUGGUAGGCAGGUUGCUACUGACAAGUGUAUAAUGGCGCUUCUUUUCCUUAUCGUCAUUGGAGUAAUUGCAAUCAUUAUUGUAAAGCUUGUGCACCCAGACAACAAGGACAUUCGCGACAUUCCAGGACUAGCUCCUCCAGUUCAGAACCGAAGACUGCUUUGGAGUCACAAUUGAGGAAUUAAAAUGAACAUAGUGAUGACUGAUGAGCUUAUGACAAAUGCGUUGGGGACACUAGAGAUUAAAAUGAACAUGUUUAUGACUUCAUCAAAUUGAUUUGAUGCUCUUUGGUUUGAUGGUGAUGACAUUGGCUGCUGCUGUUGCUAGAAACAGGGUUGCCAACAAUUGAGUUUGUUAUUACAUAAAAGAGAAGGGUUGGUUGGCCUGAGGCAUGAUAUAGAACGUGGGUCUCUAAGCAUGCACAUUUGAUUUUUUCUGAACCAUUUUUCUAAAUAGGUUCCGUCUAUCGAAUCAUAGGGAAAGCCAAACAAAAGAGCCCUCUGAGAUUAUUUGUUGUCAAUUUUGUAAUAUACGCUCGCUUUUACUGUAAACCUUCAGUUCUUAAAAUCUACCUGGUAUCAUGAGUAUUAUCAAUUUAUAAUAUAAGCACAUGUUUAUGUUGUUUUAA